GCUCGGACGCUGUUUUGGUUACGCACGAGGAGGGCGUCGACGUUUUAUCGUGUUUUUACACUAUUUGCGACCUUUUUUUAAUCUCGCACUCCGUCGGAAACAACUGCGGCAGCAGCGACGUCCCAAGGAGGGGCAUCCUCCUGGUGUUUAUUACAGGAGAGGACACACUACGAACCAGGGAGUCGAGACUGAGACAGACAAGAGCAAACAUGUUCGAGACAAGAGGAAUCCCCUUUGUCCUGCUCGACAUAGCCUGUCUCAUUCUAGGGGGUCUGCCUCUGGCAGCCUUUAACCUGGGUAAGAUCCGUCCCUACCAGAGGGGCUUUUUCUGUAACGAUGAGAGCAUCAAGUACCCUUUCCACCACAGCACAAUCACCUCCACAGUGCUCUACACUGUGGGCUUCAGCCUGCCCAUUAGCUGCAUGAUCUUUGGCGAGUGCCUUUCAGUUUAUCUAAAGCGCAUCAAAUCCAAGUCCUCUUUCGGCAGCUACCUUUCCAGUGUUUACAAAGCUGUCGGUACCUUCCUCUUUGGUGCUGCGAUGAGCCAGUCUCUGACCGACAUAGCCAAGUACUCUAUUGGACGUCUCAGGCCACACUUCCUGGAUGUGUGCAAACCUGACUGGAAACUUAUCAACUGCACAAAAGGGGAGUAUAUUGAAGAGUUCACCUGCAGUGGAGACGCCACGAUGGUCAAUGAGGGCAGGCUAUCCUUCUACUCCGGCCACUCCUCUUUUUCCAUGUACUGCAUGCUGUUCUUGGCUCUCUACCUGCAGGCUCGACUCCAGGUUGAAUGGGCAAGGCUGCUGAGACCCACAAUCCAGUUUUUCCUGAUUGCUGCUUCAGUGUACACGGGAUUGUCGAGGGUGUCUGAUUAUAAACAUCACUGGAGCGAUGUGCUGACGGGACUCCUGCAGGGUGCCCUCAUGGCUAUCCUGGUGGUCUUCUGCGUGUCUGACUUUUUCAAGCCACGCGUAGAUGCCCGUAAAGAGGCCGACAUUCCACACACAACUCUGCAGGAGACCCCGACAAAUGGAAACCACUUUGAGAGUCCCAAUUAAGCUAAAUGAAGAGGUGGAGGAAUGACGCCUCACUGCUCUGUCCAAACGCACACCCAGGACCCCUGCCUUUUAUUUUUCCCAAACUCUCAUCCCUGAAUACCCUGCAUGGAUUUACGAUUGAUUCUUAUUUUGUGGAACUCAGUGGAUGGCUGUGCAUCCCAGAAGAAAAUUUUGGGUGCUGCACCUCAGGCUUGUUCAGAUUUUAAGAUUUUUAUACUUUUAGGCUGUCUUGUCCACCAGUUCUCCGUCUGGACCCGACUACCUGUCCAAGCCUUGUAGAUAUGCUGAAGUGACUGAGACAGAUGUAGGUUAGGGGCUAGAGAUCCUGUAAAGACAGGAACCAUUUAGCAUGUAUUUAUCUACUGCACUGGUGGGAAGAUUUACCUGCACGUGCCCACUAAAGGGUCUGACCACUGCUGGGAGAGAGGAGGGUUGGAAACCUGUGAAUGUAACCUUGCUUUGUGCUUUCCCUCACCUGGAGUCAGUCUGCUCAAGGAUCUGAUUCAGGAUCAGUUUUCAGGUGACUCCAGCACCCAAAGAGACGUCCAAGUCUCAUAACUUUUAUGCCUUAGGUCCAGUAUUAAUUUAAGGGCUAAGUAUAGGAGGAAUGUUUGCUUCUCAAGGCUCCAAGUGCUGGAGUCUAAAGCUGAUCCUAGACCAGAGGGCAACGCUGCCUCACAUCUGGAGCUGCUGCCUCCAGGCCGCCAUGUCACUCUCCAACCUUCUAACCUAAAAGUCAAGGAAGGAAGCUUGACUUGAUUCAUGUUUGGUUAGAGAGUUGGAGAGUAGACGGUCAGUUAAAGCCCCGUGUUGCCUUUGCUGGACUGCUACUGCUGCUAUCACAGCUGCCUGUGUAUCUUAGAACUAAUAUAAACAUCAAGUGAACAGAAACAAUGUACUUUUGUAUAAUCUGUAUGUAAAAGCAAGUCAGCAUACAGACUUUUAUUGAAAAAAAGUUAAAUAUGUACAAAUGUCUAAAAUAAGGAAAAAUAAAGCCAUUUUACUUGUUAACAUGAACAGAAAUGAUAUGUAAGUGUAUUAUGUCAUGAGCCAUAAAAAAAGUAGAUUUGCCAACUUUACCAACCAGAUAUAUAAACAAUCAUGUCAAUUAUUUUAUGAACAACUCUGCUCGUGGUAAAAAUAAUAAUAAUAAAAGCAUGAAUGUUCAA